CGUCACCCGCCCUUGCCUUGCUCCUAUAUACUUUUCGACAGAUGCCCACGAGGAAAUGAAGCUCUAGUUUUGUGCGGGUUGAACGCAACGGUGUAUAGGUGUGCAAAAAAAAACCAACAACAGUGUAUAGGUGUGCAAAAAGAACACAACCCCUUCCCAGCCAGACAGGCCUCGCUCUCCUUUUUUUUUUUGAGGAGGGAAGGAGUGAGGUCUUGUGGGGAGCGGUGCGAUUUCAUAAAAAGCCCCCCCCCCCUUUCGUGCGCUUUCUUUGCUCUCUCUCUCUCUCUCUCCAGAGGUUCCCGCACUUUUUUUAAAAAAAUUUUUGCUUUGCACGCCGAUCUCGCGGCUGUGCCUAUUCUUUAUACCCUCCUCGGGACGCCAACGGAUCGGGAAGGCAGCCGGGUAGGAAGGGAAGGGAAGAGACCACCAAGCGGCUUCGGAAAGAGAAUCCCACCGCCCAAGGUGGGCUUUCUCUCCCGCGAUCGAUCCAAGGCAGCCGAGCAGGAAGGCGAGGCGAGGCGAGGCGACUUAAGGGAAGAGUGCUGGAGAUCUGGAAAGCCAUCCCGACUCCCUUGUAACGCGAGCUCCACCUCGUCCCAGAGCAGGUCAGAAGCUGAAGCCUGCAGGGUGUCCCCUGGGCAGUGAUGUCAUCCAGAUCAAUACGACGGGGCGGGAAUUGGCCGGAGCACUUGCUGAGGAGCGGGGUCUGUAUUGGAAUCGGCAUUCGCCUUAUCGAUUGGGCUGAUCAGCGAGAGCUAUAAAAGGAAGGGGCUCGCCUGCUGCUUCCGACAUUCGCUCCACGAAGCCCCUCCAUCUCCCCCAGGCUGGGAUCUCUUCCCCCACCCUCCCCAGUUUAGGAACCUCGCGGCGCGGUGCUUACGGUCUUUAGGGCUUGGAGGGAAGCCCCCUCCCCACCCCCACCCCCCCUCAGCCGCUCCUUCUGCUAGGAUGGGGAUGGAGGUCUGCAAAACCCGCGCCGCGCCCCUGGCUCUGCUGGGCCUUUGCUUCGCCACGGCCGUCAAGUCGGUGCCUCUGGCCGAUGCUGGACCGCACGUUUACUACGGCUGGGGAGACCCUAUCCGGUUCAGGCACCUCUACACGGCCAGCCGGCACGGACUGUUCAGCUAUUUCCUGAGGAUCCACGGCGACGGCCGAGUGGACGGCGCCGCUACUCAGAGUCGACACAGUUUGCUGGAGAUCCGAGCAGUAGCGCUUCGCACGGUGGCCAUCAAGGGCGUGCACAGCUCUCGCUACCUGUGUAUGGAAGAGGAAGGCAGGCUGCACGGGCUGUUUAUAUAUACCACAGAGAAUUGCUCAUUUGAAGAGGAGAUACGUCCAGAUGGCUACAACAUCUACAAGUCAAAGAAAUAUGGAAUCUUGGUGUCUUUAAGUAAUGCUAGGCAAAGACAACAAUACAAAGGAAAAGACUUUCUUCCAUUGUCUCAUUUCCUACCUAUGAUGAACACUGUGCCAGUGGAAACUACAGAUUUUGGAGAAUAUAGUGAUACCAGGCAAAAUUUGGAAUCUGGUAUUUUUCAUCAACCAGUUGAAACUGACAGCAUGGAUCCCUUUGGUAUCACUUCUGAAGUAUCCUUAGUACAAAGUCCUAGUUUUGGUUAAUAAUUUCUGCUUCAUUAAUUAGAUUUUAUAGAGAAGUUACCAAGAGGUUAGGAUUGUAUUUGUUCAUAUGAUAACUUAAACAUGACAAAUGUGUAAAUAUGAUGCCACCUUUGUAAAGCAAUACUAAUUCCAAGAAAGCUAUAUUCAUUCACCCUCUUUUUCUCUCAUCUGUAAAAUAGUUAGAAAAGUUCCUUCAAAAUGUUUUUUUUAGAAAUGAGAAACAUUCAAAGCCUGCAGAAUUUCUUUUGCUUUGGAAGAUCUUUGGAAAGACAAACCCAUAAAAACAUUACUGCUUCAUUGCUUCCACUUAUCUCUGAGUCCCAAUAACUGCUGUUCAAUCAAAGAAUUUGGUCAUUCCUGUUCAAUGUAUUUAAACAGAAUUAGUGUUAGAAAUAAAUUAGCCACAACUAAGUAAACAAAAGGGAAUUAUACAUUUUUGAUACAUGCUAGAUCUCACUAUAUUUCUCAGACUUCUGUGUUUUUAAGGAAAUUGGCUAUUGGAAGGUAAUUAUCAUAAUUAAGGUAAUAUAAACUUCAACUUUAAUAGGAGAGAUUAAAUAAUAAAACUGUCAUGUUUUAUUAGCAAGACAAUAUUUGUUGCUAAAUGGUAUAAAGACUUUCCAGGGAUGUAAGUUUGUUCAGGAACAACUGCAACUGUAUGAAGAGCUAAUUUUUUGGGGGAAAAAACCAAAAUUAGUUAGGCUGCAAUCUAGGAAAACAAGGAAAAAGGUGAUGCAGCUAAAUCAUUCUGAUUUCUCUGUAGAUUGACAACAAAUGUCUAUUUUGCUUACUGAACAAUGUUGUAAAACUAAAAUAUGUGCUUCUUUAGACAUGCCAAAAAUAUUUUUUAAAAAAUCUAUAUUCAGUUUUAAUUAUUCACUUACAGAUUGGAUAACUUUGUCCAGAUUUUCUACUACAUAACUAUUUUUUUUCUCAAUGAAAGUAACAUUAAUUCUCAACAAAUAUAGAUGAGUACAUUUUCUCCCAACAAGUUACUUUUCUGAUAUGCUGUGACUGAAAUUCCCAGAGUCCUCAGACAUUGCCUGAUUCCUCUCUGUAGCUCCAGGUGGAAAAAGGCAGGCCAAAUAGAUAAAAGCUGCCAUUUCAUAUAGGAGAUGCUUUGGAUGUAAUCCAGGCUGUUUUAAAUUCCUACUGAAAGUGAUGCAAUGUAAUCCACAUUAAAGUUAGCAGCAGUUCCAAAGGUGAUGUUCAAAUGGCAACUGGACUUUCUUGGUUUUUUUUCCCUUGAAAAUGUUUUGCUCCUCAUCCAAGAAGCUUCUCUAGAACUGAAGAAGCUUCAAUUAGAAGCAAAAAAACCAAGAAAAGUCCAGUUGCCUUUCGAACUGUGCUGAUUGAACAAGACCUUUGGAACAACCAUGGCCCUGGAUGACUGGGAAUCUCCAUAGACAUUUAGCAGGACUUCAUAUACCGUAUUUUUCGGAGUAUAAAUCGCUCCGGACUAUACCUUUUUUGGUGAGGAAAACAAGAAAAAGAAAUCUGCCUCUGCCUUCCAGCAAUUUUGCCUCAUUGCAGCAAACAGCAAAUAGCCUGCUUUACUUUCAUUUUCGGUUUCAACAUAGCUUGAUUAGCACAAGAAAAAAAAAUCUGCUCCCAGCAAUUUACCUCCUUGCAGCAAACAGCAGAGGCCCGCGCAGCAGUAGGCAAUCCCUGCAGCCUGAAACAGCUGAGAGUUGGGAGGCUGAUCCAAGGGACAAUCAACUUGUGCUAAUUAGGCCGAAGCUGAAAUGGACUGUUUCUUCUUACUGCUUGCUGCAAGGACGUAAAUUGCUGGGAGGCAGAGGCCAAGGGUGGGGGCCAGUGGGUGGGCGGGGCUAUAUUCAGUGUAUAAGAAGCACCCAAAUUUUCACCCCCUUUUAGGGGGAAAAAAGGUGCAUCUUAUACUCUGAAAAAUAUGGUACUUUUUUCCUGUAUGACAUUUUACAAGUUAAGAUUUCAAUAUUUACAUUUUGGAAGUUUGAAAUAAAAUUUGGAACAUUACUCUUUUUAAAAAGUUCUUGUAUAUAAUAAGGUUGUAUAGAAAUCAGAAGAAAACAUUUUCUUCAACUAGCACUUCAUUGUCAAUGCUCUAUUUAUGAUUAAUUUAUUAAACACAUACAUCCGUUUAUUUUCUUACUGUAUUUAUACUUAAAUGUAUAUUUAUGUAUUCCAAUUUUGCCUUUCUAAACACUGGAUAAAUAUGUAGUGGAUUUUUGUAAUUGUAAAAUGGUCAAAACAAAACAAAACAAACCUUUAAGAAUUAUGUGUAAAAACUUUAGCUGUAGUGUGUAACAUUUUAAUAGAAAUAAAAUAUAAAACG